AUGGGCGACACCAAUAGUCCGGCUGGGAGGGCGACUCCCCCGGACGCCAUCAUGCAGCGUCGUCUUCUUGGUUCCAUGAUCCGCUCCGUAUCGUCCCUGGACCGUGCAAUAUUGGAUGCUCCAGUAACGGCUGCAGAUUUAGUGGCUGCUAUUCGCCACAUGCGAUCUACUUCGGCGCCAGGCAUGGAUGGUCUGACGGCUGGUUUCUACCAGGUCGCUCCUGAUGUCUUCGGUGAGUGUCUCAGCAUGGUUUUUCGUGACCAGCUUAAACGAGGGCGACUUCUUCCCUCUCAACGCAAGUCUGCCGUGGUGCUGCUUCACAGAAAAGGAUCACGUGCACUGCCAGGCAACUAUCGCCCCAUCGCACUCGUGCAGGUAGAUGUGAAGGUGCUGUCGAAGGCGUUGACAUACCGCCUUCAACAAGUGAUCUCGGACUUGAUUCACCCGGACCAGAAAGGUUUCGUCAAGGGACGCUCGAUCCAUCAUCAUGUGCGGUUUCUUGCUGACCUUCAAGACCUGGUUACCGGUCGGGACGACGAAGCGUACGCGCUGUUCUUGGAUUUCGAGAAGGCCUUCGACCGGGUCAACUGGGACUAUAUGUUCAAAGUGCUGGAUAAGAUGGGUUUUGGAUCAACGUUCGCCCAGUGGAUUCGGCUUCUUUACACCGACCCUCAAGCACAUCUUCUUAUCAACCAAAACAUUCAGCCCGCCUUGUUCCCAACUCGGGGAGUUAAACAAGGCGAUCCGCUGUCCGCUCUCCUCUUCAUCUUGACCAUUGAGCCUCUUGGCAAUCUGCUACGAGAUCAUGAUGAGUAUGGGGUGUGCUUGACCGCGGAUCACACUACCACAGGCACGUUCUUUGCCGACGACUCCACGCUACUGAGCAGCUCCAUUCCGAACCUGCAGGCACAGCUUGGGCUUGUUCAGGACUACUGUCGAGGGUCGGGAGCAAAGCUCAACCUGUCUAAGUCUGUUCUGCUUGCACUCAACCGGAGUCAAGAGUGUCCUUUACUUCCGGGUUUACGCGUUCUUGGACGAACGGACAAGGUCAAGUAUCUUGGAAUACCGUUUGGGCAGUCGUCCGUCGAUGUUAGCCUCGUUGAUUUUAUCGAGCAGCGCUUCUAUGAUGGCUUCAAACAGUGGUACCGCCAGGCGAGGACUCUUCGUGGACGACUGCUGGUAGCCCAGACAAUGAUACUGUCUCGAUUAUGGCAUUACACGCAACAUGUUUCCAUUCCGUCGCCUACCGUCCGGCGCUGGCAAUCGAUGCUGAAUAGGUUCGUCCUCAGCCGUAAACAUGACCGUGCUUCGACUCACGUACAGCUUAUCCCCACUGAGUUCCUGUACCAACGUUGCCAAGACGGAGGUCUGGGGUUUCCCAGCCUCGCUGCUCAUCUUAAACGCCAGCGUCUCCAGCUUCUUCUCCAGUUUAUUCAAGGCCUGAGCGUCACGACUGUCAGGAACUGGACAACAGCCGGCUCUGAGCUUCUUGCGCUGGUCAUUACCGCACACGGGUCGUCGUACCGCCUUGGACUUUCUAACCAUAUCUCCGCUUCGCCAUGGCAAAAUGAUUAA